AUGGACAUUGAUUCAACUAAUCUUUCAUUGAAUGGGAGUGAGGAAGUUGAAGAGACGGAAAACAAUCCGUCAUUAAAUGAGAUUGGUGACGUUGAAGAACCUAAGAAGGGCAUGUGUUUUAGCUCAAAGCAAGAAGUAUAUUCGUUUUAUGCAAAAUAUGCAAAGCACCUCGGAUUUGCUGUAUCUUAUAGAACACAGAAUAUUGGACAAGAUGGGGAAGUAAAAUACUUUGGAGUUGAAUGUACUCGGGCACGCAAGAGAACAAAACGAUCAGAAGUACAACCCCUCGAACCAUCUUUGUCAUCAUUCAUUGAGUGUAAAGCAAAGAGAAUUCUUAGCCCUGUGAAGAGAAGACUAGAAAUAAACGAUGAAGCAAGGAUAGGGGCGGCUAGGAAUUUUCAUUCUAUAGUUGUUGAAGCAUGGGGGUAUGAGGCAUUAACAUUUGAUGAACAAGAUGCAAGGAAUCAUAUUCAGAGUAUGAGAAGAAUGAGGCUUGGGGUAGGAGAUACUAAAUCAGUUGCACUUUAUUUUCAUAGGAUGCAACAACAAAAUUCAAACUUCUAUUAUGCAAUUGACCUCGAUGAAGAUGGUCGCAUGCGAAACUUGUUUUGGGCGGAUGCAAGAAGAGUUAAUCACCAUGGGCAGUCAAUUUUGCUUGGUUGUGGGCUAUUAUCUAAUGAGAACACUAAAACAUUUCUGUGGCUAUUCAGAGAAUGGUUAAGUUGCAUGUCUGACGUUCCUCCAAAAGCUAUAAUAACAGACCAAUGCAGAGCAAUGCAAAAUGCCAUUGAAGUUGUCUUUCCAGAAGCUCGACAUCGUUGGUGCUUAUGGCAUAUCAUGAAGAAAAUUCCUGAGAAAUUAAGAGGAUAUGCCCAAUAUGAAUCCAUUAAGCUUGCAUUACCAAAUGCAGUUUAUGAUUGUUUUACAAAACAUAAAUUUGAUGAAGAAUGA